CUACUCAAUUAUUAUAACUAAAUAAACAAACUAAGUACUUUAUUGGAACUAAAUUGCUUACUACAUUUUCUUUAUUAACUGUUCAAGAAUCUAGGAUACAUUUUGAAUAGCAAAUUGACAUUCUUCUCAUAUUAGCAAAUUAAUUAUAUUGAUGUGUCUAUUUUUAAACAUGGUGUUACAGUUGAGGUCUCUUGUUAGAAGAAGAUUAUAUACGACAUCAUGCUUAGCCUACGCUGAUUCCACACAAAUUUGUUUUCGGGAAGAUGGCAUGGAAACGAACAUACUGCAGCUCAAUUCCCAGCUGAAGGAACUCGUAAAAGCCGGCGACUUGAGAAGAGCCCGCCACAUGUUUGACGGAUUGCCUCAGAGAGAUGAGAUAUCCUGGACGACUAUGAUCUCGGGCUAUGUGAGUGCCUCAGAUUCAUCUCAAGCGUUGUCUCUGUUUUCCAAAAUGUGGGUCGCCCCGAAUACCCGAAUGGACAACUUCGUCCUCAGCCUCGCUCUCAAGGCGUGUGGGCUGAAUGUGAACGUGAAUUUUGGGGAGAUUUUGCACGGCUAUUCGGUCAAAGCUGGUUUCUUGAACUCUGUUUUUGUAGGGAGCGCGGUUCUUGAUAUGUACAUGAAGAAUGGUAGAGUUUUGGAGGGUUGUAGAGUGUUUGAUGAGAUGCCGUUGAGAAAUGUAGUAUCUUGGACCGCCAUCAUCACAGGGCUUGUUCGUGGUGGUUGUGGCUUGCAGGGGCUUUCCUAUUUCACGGAUAUGUGGAGGGAUGGUAUCGAGCAUGAUACGUACACGUUUGCCAUUGCGUUGAAGGCCUGCGCUGAUUUGCAGCUCUUGAAACAUGGGAUGGAGAUUCAUGCUAGGACGAUAAAGGAUGGUGUGAAUACGCCCUCGUAUGUGGUCAAUAGCCUUGCCUCAAUGUAUAACAAGUGUGGGAAACUAGCUUACGGUUUGCAUCUGUUUGAGAACAUGAGUGAACCUGAUGUGGUUUCCUGGACGUCUGUGAUAAAUACGUAUGUUCAGGCAGGGAAUGAUCGUCAGGGAAUCAAGGCUUUCGUGAGAAUGAGAGAGUGUGGUGUGUGUCCUAAUGAGUACACUUAUGCUGCAGUGAUUUCUAGCGUUGCAAAUGUUGCACGAAUUAUUUGGGGACGACAGUUGCACGCCCUUGUUCUGCAGCGUGGUCUUGCAGAUUCGUUAUCUGUAGCGAAUUCGCUCAUGACAAUGUACUCAAAAUGUGGGCAGGCGAGUUCAGCUUCAGCAAUAUUUUGCGAAAUGGGAAGAAGAGAUGUAAUUUCUUGGAGUACUAUUAUUGCAGGUCAUGCACAAGGGGGUGAUGGAGAGCAGGCCCUUGAGCUUCUUUCAUGGAUGAGGAGGGAAGGGCCGAAACCGACUGAAUUCGCUGUUUCUAGUGUACUGAGUGCCUGUGGAAGUAUGGCCAUUCUUGAACAGGGUAGACAGCUUCAUGCUUAUGCUCUGACUGUUGGUUUGGAUCAAACAGCGCUUAUACGAAGUGCUUUAAUAAGUAUGUAUUCGAAAUGUGGGAGCUUACAAGAUGCUGAGAUGACUUUCUCUCUGUCACAGAACGACGAUAUAGUGUCAUGGACAGCCAUGAUCAAUGGCUAUGCUGAACAUGGGCGCAGCCGAGAAGCCAUUGAUCUGUUUGAGAAGCUUCGUCAUUUUGGUUUUAGGCCAGACCCCGUUACACUCAUUGGCGUUCUUAGCGCUUGUAGCCAUGUGGGACUUCUUGAUCUCGGCUUUCACUACUUUGAUUCAUUGACAAAAGAGUACAACAUAGCUCCUUCAAAAGAGCACUACGGUUGCAUGAUCGACCUCCUAUGCCGGGCUGGAAGACUGCAGGAAGCUGAGAAUAUGAUCAGAAGCAUGCCUGUGGAAAGGGAUGAUGUUGUUUGGUCAACUCUCCUUAGAGCCAGCAGAGAACACGGUGAUGUUGAGCGUGCAAGGACUGCAGCAGAGCAGCUGCUCCAACGGGAUCCAGAUUGUGCAGGGACGCAUAUCACACUGGCUAAUAUCUAUGCCUCGAGAGGCAAAUGGAGCGAAGCAGCAGAGGUGAGGAAACUGAUGAAAUCAAAAGGUGUCAUCAAGGAAACUGGCUGGUCUUGGAUCAAAAUCAAGGAUCAGGUUUCUGCAUUUGCUGCCGGUGACAAAAAUAAUCCACUGUAUGAAGAUAUACACUGCAUUUUGAAGUUGAUAGCUUCAAAAGAUGAUCUCACCCUACAAGAACUUGCUUCAAUCCUAUCUUUUACAGAGGUUAGUUAGCAAAUAUUGGACUCCUUCAAGAAACUAUCUAUGAGAAAGGUCAGCUUCUUUCGAUCAAGAAUGGAAACUGGCACCAGAAAGAAACAUGCCAUCAGUUCUUCCAGCACCAAGCAUAAUGCCCACGUCAGCGUCGAGUCACUGAGCUUCGAAAAAAUAACUUUACUUUUAAGGAAGAAUCGCGCUAGUUGGGGCUAAAAAUCUCAUGGAUCAAUGCUCUGAUGAAAGAUUUCUUGAUUUAUAGUACAAAAGUUCUAUUGUUUGUUUUCUUCUUCUUCUUCUUCUUCAUAGUUUCUUUCAAUGCAU